UCCACAUGAGAUCUAUGCAUAUGUUUUCCCGUAGUUUGUAAAAGGCUGUUUGUUUGCCUUGCGAUCUCAAGUGAAAAUGAAAAUUGUCGUUAAAUACUUUGUGAUGGGCGAGAGAAGACGUGUAAUGAAAUUCGUACAAUCACUAUACUAGUAUGUUUAUGUUAACUUGCUUACCGCCGCUGAUGAUGUACCUAGUUGUGAAGAGACAAGAAGUGUGUUAGCUGUGUAGCUGCUCCGGAUUAUUGCGUGUGAAAUUGGGGCCUUCACACUGCAGCAAUGGAUUACAGAAACAUUAUUUGGAUAAAAACAGAGCCAACAGAUGAGAUAUCGACUGUGCCAGACUCCACUGUCCGGGUUUGCCCAUCCACUGUGAACCUGAAAGAAGAAUUGCAAGAGUGUGUGAAUCAAGAGUUUCCUGAACAUCCGUUGGUAACUCUGGAGUCCACUAAUUGUUCCAAGGAGGAAACACAAAAAAAAUUGGGACCAGAAGAAACUGAGAACAUUUUAUACAUUCCUGAAUUUGAUCCUCAGGCAGUUAAAGAGGAGGGUUUGGAAUUUGAUGACUGUCUUCAUGAAUGUGACCCAUUGGGUAUGACAGAUGAGGAGGGGAUAGCCUCAAAAAGACUUGCACCACACAGUCCAAGGUUGACUAAAAUCGCUAAUGAGUCUGGUAACACUGGAUGUGAAGAAACACACCUGCAGGGAGUGACUUGUGAGGAGCUGGACAUUGAUGCAGAGAAAUCGACACAUGUUGUUGGUAGUGGAUCUCUAAAUCGAGUGUGUUUCUCUAAGCAGGAUAAUGCCCUAUGUGCUAGAAAUAAUAACAGCUUCAAGGAAAAUGAAUUCACAUGUAGUUCAUGCAAGCAAACCUUUUUGUCAAAGUACAGUCUAAUAAUGCAUGUAUUUACACAUAUUGAUGGUGUAAAACCACCUGUACAUAUCUGUACCACAUGUGGUGAAGUAUUUCAUACCCAUGAUGGCUUGAGUAGGCAUUCAAUGGUGGAAAAAAGGACUAGUGAAGAAGAUAGUGAACAACAUAGCACAGACUGUAAUAUCAAACGAAACAGAUCUAAUAUUUUUCGGGAAUCCUAUAGUCAGUCAAGUCAUUCUGUAACAAACAAUGAUGAUAGACCACACGUAUGUGACGUUUGUGGAAAAUCGUUUGAUGCGUUGCGCAGUCUUAAGAAACAUUCUUUCAUACAUACUGACAAGAGACCACAUAAAUGCAAAAUUUGUGGGGUUGCUUUUACUCGCUAUUGUCAUCUCAAGCAGCAUUCUCUGUCACAUACUGGCGAGAGACCGCACAAAUGUAACGUUUGUGAGAAAUCAUUUAUUCUGAGUAGUCAUCUCAAGACGCAUUCCAUAAUACAUAUCGGUGGGAGACCAUACAACUGUGAGAUCUGUGGGAAAUCCUUUACGGCAUGUGGUAGCCUGAAGAAGCACAUGUUAAUACAUACUGGCGACAGACCCCACAAAUGCCAUGUUUGCGGGAAAUCAUAUACUGUAUCCGACACUCUCAAGCAUCACUUAUUAAUACAUACCGGGGAGAAACCUUACAAAUGUGACUUUUGUGGCAAAUCGUUUACAAGGUCACAUAAUCUCAAGGCUCAUAUUAUACAACAUACUGGUGAGGCAUCACACAAAUGUAAUGUUUGUGGUGAAUCGUUCACAAACUCUUGGAAUCUAAAUGUCCAUACAUUGAUACACAAUGGAGAGGAAAAACACAAAUGCGAUAUCUGUGGGAAAUUAUUUACUAAUCGUCGUGGUCUCAAGGCGCACAAAUUAAGACAUACUGGUGAGAAACCACACGUAUGUAAUGUAUGUGGAAAAUCAUUUACAGAGUCUGGUGGACUGAGGAAGCAUGUUUUGAUACAUACUGGUGAGAGACCACACAAAUGUGUUGUUUGUGACAAAUCAUUUACCGAGUCUCGCUGUCUGAAGAAACAUUACUUAAUACAUACUGGCGAGCGACCGUACAAAUGUGACAUUUGUGGCAAAGCCUUUACUCAGUCUGGUAGUCUGAAUGCGCAUAGGUUAAUACACAUUCACCAUGGUACAAAAAUAUUAUAACUGUGGAAUAUUUUAAAGAAAUUUCGAUAAGCUAGGGAGGUAUGUUAAUAUAGAAGACAGAUCUCACAAAAAUAUAUCACUGAUCAGCUGCAAAAACUCCUUGAGAUUUUUUAAGCAGUUUGUGCUGAAGACAGAAAACAGUAAUUGCACAGAGGGAAUUGUUCUAGAUAUUAUUAUGAUUCUAUAUCAGUGCGUUGUGGAGAGCCCUGAUCAUUGUCAGGUGUGUGUAGUCGAAAAAUUUUUACAGGUUCUUGUGGAAAAUCUUACAUGUGGAAAUGCAGACCAACUUUUUAAAGGUUGUAUUUUGAGAGAUAAUUGUUGCGUGUGUAAACUGGCUAAAAGUAGCCCUUUGUAUCCAGCCGUGUGUGUGUGUGUGUGUGUGUGUGUGUGUGUGUGUGUGUGUGUGAAGUGUUUGUUCUACUUGUGUUUAUUUGUCUCUUGAAAGAUCUAAAUGAAAAUUGAGAAUUGUUUUUAAUGUAUGUACCCCUUGUAUUUAACCUGUGUAGUUUUGCUGAUAUUGCUAAUUAUAAUUUAUCCUCAUGUAAGGUAGUUUUGUAAAAUAUCAGUAGAACAGUCUAAACAGCGACUUCAGCAUUGUACAUAUGGUCGUAGUAUAAAAAAUAUAUAUUUUCUCCUGCUGUAAUAAUCAGUGCACUUUUGGACACAUUAUUGAAUUACAUGUUUACGCAUAUAUCAGUACAUUAUUUAAAUUUCAUAUACAAAUGAUAGUUUGAAGAAACUUUCUUUUGAGACUUCAUUAUUGAUGUAUGUGUGGGACAUUGUAAACUUUUAUUAGUUAAUAGUUAUAUAAUAUUGUUCAUUGUAUCAACAUUUGUGUCUGAAGGUUGCUUGUGUAAGUUUCUUUAUUUA